AUGCCAUCUUUUCUCAACGACGACAACACGCCCAUACUCUCUGCUGAAGCAGACUUCCUCAAUCUCGACCCUACCAACCAAUUUGGCCUCGCUGUAGACAACAAAAAGACAAAUGGGCGCCCCAGAAGCCAUCCGCAACCCGAGCCCAUAAACGAGAGCUUCGACGAGAGCUCCACUGUAUCGACGCACGACUCGGAUAUAUCGGACGCCAAUCAUAUCCCCAUGAAUGGGAACGGCACCAGGCCUACGAGCGUGAGCUCGUUUACAAAUGGCGUCAAUGGUUCUGACGAGAAUGACGGCGUCGAAAACUCCCCCUCGAAGGCGUGGUCAAACGGUACCGUGACGCUGCCAACUCGACCUGCUCCAAAACCACCCACGUCAGGCGUCAAUGGCAACUCGGUUCCGAAAUCCAACUCCCCUAGUUUGCGCCGAAAAUCAACUGCACCUAGCUCUCCCGUAACAGUUCAUCAGCACCAAUUUCAAGAUCACAAGUCCGAACAAUUGACUAAUGGUGCUACGCUGCCGCAUGAUUUGGAGGCCAUUCCCAGCAACAAUGACAGCCAAACAUCACCCACCACAGCAACUUCUGAGCUUGUGCUACCAAAGUCCUCGCCGCAUAGAUUUUCGUCCCCUCCUGCCUACCAACCGGGUGGGUCAGGACUGAGUACUUCACCAUCAGGCCAUCUUCAACCACCAGCUGCCGGCUCGACUCUGAAGCAGAGACACACCCUCGAGGUACCUAAACCCGCCCCAGGUCGAGGAUCCAAAGAUGGAAUAGACAUUGCACAAGCUAGUGGACGAUUUUCCCCAACUGUGGCUGCGGCCGGUCAUCGCCGAGCAUCUCUAAAUUUGGCACGGAGGACAACUCGAUCCAUGCAGUCCGACGCACCCCGAGACGAAAUCCUACCCGACGAGGAUGCAAUUCGCUGGGCUGAGGCCUAUCGGCAGAAGCGGGCUAGCAAGCGGAAGAGAAAGGAGGAGGAGGACGACGAUCGUGUCCUUGUUGGCACCAAAGUUGACGAGAGCCACGCCAACUGGGUCACGGCUUAUAACAUGCUGACCGGGAUCCGGGUGUCUGUCUCGAGAACAAACGCUAAGCUCGACCGAGAACUCACCGAUGCUGACUUUGAGGCAAAACAAAAGUCCACCUUCGAUAUAACUGGCAACGAACUUGUCCCUUCCGCCAAGUAUGAUUUCAAAUUCAAAGACUAUGCUCCUUGGGUGUUCCGACAUUUGCGUGCUCUGUUCCGCCUCGACCCCGCCGACUACCUCAUGUCCCUGACUGGGAAAUAUAUACUUUCUGAGCUCGGCUCACCGGGCAAGAGCGGCAGUUUCUUUUACUUCUCCAGAGAUUACAAGUAUAUCAUCAAGACGAUUCACCAUUCCGAACAUAAAUUCAUGCGAAAAAUCCUCAGGGACUACUAUAACCACGUCCAAAACAACCCAAACACACUCCUUUCACAAUUCUACGGCCUUCACCGGGUCAAGAUGCCCUAUGGCAAAAAGAUUCAUUUCGUCGUUAUGAAUAACUUAUUUCCACCUCACCGGGAUAUCCACACUACGUUCGACCUUAAGGGCUCAACUAUUGGUAGAGACUAUAGGGAAGACGAUUUGGCAAAGAACCCUCGGGCGACAUUAAAGGAUCUGAACUGGCUGAGGCGACAACAGCAUUUGGAGCUAGGCAUUCGCAAGAAGCGGCUUUUCCUGGAGCAACUCCAAAAGGAUGUUGUUCUUCUCAAGCGCUUGCAGAUUAUGGACUAUUCAUUGCUAAUCGGCAUUCAUGACUUAUCGCGUGGAAAUGAGGAGAAUUUGCGCGACAAGACCCUGCAAGUAUUCAACCCUGGUGGCGAAAAGUCUGUGGACGAUGAGCCACCGUCGGUGCUUAUGAGGACACCAUCCAAGAUGGAGAAUGUGCGGAAGGCUCGAGAGUUGAGAGAAAAGAUCCGCGCCGAACGACCUGUCCCCAUUGGGAAGGCGCUGGAUAAAAUGCCUGAUGAGCUGGGAGACUCUCAUACUCGCCCUGGAUUCGUAUUCAACCAAGAUGAUGGGGGUUUCCGUGCGACUCAUGAAGACAACCAACCGGCAGAUGAAAUCUAUUACCUGGGAGUCAUUGACUGCCUUACACACUAUGGAAUGAUCAAGAAGAUUGAGCAUUUCUGGAAGGGGCUGUCUCAUGACAGGACACAAAUCUCGGCCUUGCCACCAGACCAAUACGGCGACCGAUUCUACAACUUUGUCCAAGGUGUCACCAUGUCGGCGGAGGAGUCUCGCAGAGAAGCGUUACAAAGGGAGCAAGAAGCAAUCGAGGGUAUGGCUUCCACCGACAAGUCGACAAAGCGAAAUUCAGCACAUAAAUACAGCCACGGCGUCCCACCGAUGCCAGAUCAUCUUCCCCCAGCGCCCCCUGGUGGCUCGUCAGCGGAAGUACGGGAAACGAUGGAGAAGGCAUCGAAAGAAGCCAGACGAACCGAGUCGAGCGGUGCAUCAGAGGCGGAGGUACCGGAUAGGGUCCUGACCACAGCAGCGUCACCCGACAAGCGCGAAUCAUUUCAGCAUGAGCCAAUCUUGCCUGUCGUCGAAGAAGCAGCCGAGAUCAGCCGCCAUGAAGGUAAUGCACAAUGGGGCAAGUCGACGGCGUUCAGAAUAGGAAACAGCAAUUUCCCUCCACCACCCACUGGAGCACCGCCGCCGACACCUCCCAAAGAUCGUCCGCCACCACCGCCCUUGAAAUCCGACAGCCUCGAUGGGCCAGUAUUACGACCGAGAUUGAGCAAGGAAAGCUUGAACAAAGACUUGCCACCCCUCCCCAGGAAUGAGGAGACACAGGACAGCGGCAUGCGCAUGGUCUAG